UUAUUUCAUGGUCCUGGCGUCCUGGUUUGAAGCAAUGGCAAUGGUUUGAUCGCCACCAUCUUUGGUGUUGCAGCACACGCAUUCGCCCACAUCAGUCGCCAUGACCGCAGGAUCAGGAGCCCCGUCGACAUCCAGCGCCUCAUCCUCGACGCACCGGAAACAGACUGCUAGACGCACUGGCGGGAUGCCCCAGAAUCCCAGGUACACCUCACAGGCCUCCCAGCCAGCAGCGACGGCAUCAGCAUCGACAUCCUCCUAUGCUUCUUUGUCUUCGUCGUCUACAGCCGCUGGCGGUGUUGACCAAGGGCCUCAAAUAACUUAUCCUCGGACACUUGUCUCCAGUUUGAGACCUACCAUUGGAGCCUAUACGCCCCACCUGGACACUAUCAAAAAGGGUCUGCAGUACAUCACGGAUUCAACGACAGAAUACGAAGAGUUCUUUGGCAGUCCGUCAGCGAAGGGUGCAGGAAACAAGGAUGCGCCCUCCGCAAAUCCCACGAAACCAACCUCUCGGUCGAAAGCGGCUCUGGCAGCUCAUGCAGAAAGGGAAGCGUUCAGUCAGGACCCACAUAUUCACAUGAUGGAGAAUGCACUGCAACUCAUUGUCGAUAUGCAGCGACAGAACGAGGUGGAGAAGCAGGCUUUGGACAAUUUGGCGUCGAUGGUCAGCAUGGGCGCACAAUUGCCUGCGGGAGACUUGUUGGGGUCUUAUGAACAUCUGAUCAAGAACGAGACCAAGCACCAGCAGGCGAGGCUGAAACAGGAAUUGAAGAUUAGACCGACGCCCGGAGGGGUCGAUCGCGAGUUGUUGGAGCUAAGGACAAGGGUGUGGGAGAUACAUCACGGCAAUGAUCCGUUGCCGAGUUCGGGAGCGACGGCUGGAGAUGAGGAUGAGGAUGAGGAUAUGGAGAUCGUGGUGAUGGCGGACACGGGUAUGCAGAGUUUGAAGUGCCCGAUUACGACGAACUUUCUGGAGGAUCCGGUGACGAGCUCGGUGUGUAAGCAUAGUUUCUCGAAGGCGGCGAUCCUGGACUUGAUUCGAUCGCGCGGUCGAGGGCAGACGCCAUGUCCUGUCCAUGGUUGUAGUCGCCCAGUUACUGCAGAGAUGCUGCAACCAAACAAGCCAUUGGCAAGGAAGGUGGCUCGACAGAUUGCGAUUCAGGAGGAGCUCUCUCAGCGGGAAGACGAGGAGUAUACAACGCUGGAUUGAAGCAAUUGCACAAUAGAGAGCGUAUGGCAGGCAGGCUUCUAAUAGUGAAAAUAAUGAUAAUAGUAAUAAAAAAAAAUUCAUAAAUGGCAGAUUCAAAUAUCGCGCCGAAGAAGAG